AUGGUCCUCGGUUCGACGUUGCCAAAACGGUCCUCGUUUCAACGUUGCCAAAAUGGUCCUCGCUUCGACGUUGUCAAAACGGUCCUCGGUUCGACGUUGACAAAAUGGUCCUCGCUCCGACAUUGUCAAAAUGUUGCUCUCCUCAACGUUGCCAAAAUGUUCCUCCCUUCGACGCUGCCAAAAUAUUCCUCGCUUCAACGUUGCCAAAAUGGUCCUUUCUUUCACGUUGCCAAAAUGGUCCUCGAACGACGAUGCCAAAAUGGUCCUCGCUUCGACGAUGCCAAAAUGUUCUUCGCAGCGACGUUGCCUAAACGGUCCUUGGUUCGACGUUGA